AUGGUAGCUACUGAGCAAGAGAACAAUGACCUUAGGGAAGAGGUUAGUAGCCUCAAGGAAGAUGUUGAAGUCUCUCAGCCUACUGGUUCUCUGGUGACCCAGCCAAUUUCUACUGCAACUAUUGGUACUACACAACCUUUGGUGAAUCAGUUUUCCGCUGGUGAUAUGACAAACAUGUACAAUUCAGGGUUUCGUCCUGCUGGCUCUCUUGGUUUUUCUAUCCCCCCUCAGUAUCAUAUGCCGCCAGGCUAUCAGUGGGGAAUGCCACUCGCAAAUAAUGAAGGUGUUCAUCAUAAUGCACCGGAAAUGCAGUUCCCUUUUGGUCAGCAACAAACACCGUUUUAUCAGUCCGGCCAGCCUUUUCCUCAGGCCACUAUGACCUGUGCUGGACCCCUCGUUCAUGCUGCUCAUCAAGAAGAAGAUCAAGUUUAUCACUCCAAUAGUGUGGCUGGUGAUGAUAGGGUGGGAAACUUGGAAGAAAAGUUUGAGGCGGUGCAUAAAGAGUUAAAGACUAUCCGCGGUAAAGAAAUGUUCAGUCAGAAUGUGAAUGACCUCUACUUGGUUCCAGACGUGGUGAUACCUCAUAAGUUUAAAAUACCGAUCUUUGAAAAGUACACAGGGGAUACUUGCCUUGAGAUGCACUUAGUCACAUAUGUCAGGAAGAUGAUAGCUCACAAGAAUAAUGAGCCUCUGCUUAUUCACUGUUUCCAGGACAGUUUGACUGGUCCCGCACAUACGUGGUACAUGAAUUUGAAGGGCAUCACUACAUUUGAGGAGUUGGCCAAUGCUUUCAUCCAACAGUACAAAUAUAACUCUUAUCUGGCACCUAAUCGGAAAGAAUUGCAAUCUAUGACUCAGGGUGAUAAGGAAUCUUUCAAGGAAUAUGCUCAGCGCUUCGUUCAGAAAUCUGCUCAAAUCCGUCCGCCUCUGGAUGAAAGGGAAGUGUCCGAUCUAUUCUAUGAGACUCUGAGCCCUUUCUACUCAGAGAAGAUGCUUGGUUGUGCUUCACAAAAGUUUACCGAUAUGGUAGAUAUGGGCGUGCGCAUUGAAGAUUGGGUCCGUAAGGGACGUGUGAGUAAGGAUGGUGCUUCUUCAGGUGGUUCAUCUAAUGGUAAUAGGAAGUUCGGAAAUGGGUACUCAAAGAAGAACGCUCAAGAGGUUGGCAUGGUGGCCCAUGGCGGAUCCCAGCCUGUAUACCCCAGCUACCCCUAUGUUGCUAACAUUCCACCACCUAUCCCAGCUCCACAAAACCCAAACUAUCAACCACAAAUGCCUCAAAUACCCCAUCCAUAUUAUCCACCACUAUAUCAACCACAAUCUUAUCAACCACAACCUUAUCAGCCACAACCGUUUUAUCAGCAACCAUACUAUACCCCACCACCACAGCCACAACAGCCUCGCCCUCGAGCUCAACAACAACAGCCUCGCCCUCAAAGAAACCAAUUUCCCCCUAUUCCCAUGACAUAUGAAGCCUUGUUACCUUCGUUGCUUGCCAGAGGUCUUGUUCAGACCCUACCACCUCCUCGUGUGCAGAACCCUUUACCCCCAUGGUUCCGUGCUGAUAGAAAUUGUGCCUUCCAUCAAGGGGCACCGGGACAUGACAUUGAACACUGUUACCCCCUUAAAGAAGCAGUUCAAAAGUUGAUUCAUAACAAAGAUUUAUCCUUUACUGACCCUAACCCUGUUGCUCCAAACAAUCCUCUCCACCCCAUGGGCCUACUGUUAACAUGGUUGAAGAUUAUCAAGAAGGGGGUCUUGUCACUCGCUCUCAGGAUAUCAAAACUCCAUUGGUUCCAUUACAUGUGA